AUGAGCGAACUUGAGGUGGAGAUAAUUCCUGGUAGUGUGACAGAGGGAGACGACGUCACUCUCAUGUGUAAAACCAGCUGCAGCCUGACUGGCAGACUAACAUUCAUCUGGUACAAACAGGAAUAUUUCCACUUUUCCAUCAUCUCCUACUCUAACCCGCUCCAUCUGACAUCUGUCAGUAAGAAGGAUGCAGGCAGAUACAGCUGUGCAGUACAGGGACAAAGUUAUCGCUCCCCAGCUAUCACUCUUAAUGUCCAAUAUCUUCCUAAAUAUGUCUCAGUGUCCAUAAGUCCUUCUGGUGAGAUAGUGGAGGGCAAUUUGGUGACUCUGACCUGCAGCAGUGACGCUAACCCACCUGUGGAGACCUACACCUGGUAUAAGGAAACAGCCUUUGUGAGAACAGGAAAAACCUACACCAUCAGUACUAUUGACUCUGCAGACAGUGGAGAUUACACGUGCCAGGCUGAAAAUAAACACGGACAUCAGUCCUCUACUGCUGUGUCUCUGAAUGUCCUGUAUCCUCCAAAAAGUGUAUCAGUGUCUAUCUGUCCCUCUAGUGAGAUAGUGGAGGGCAGUUCGGUGACUCUGACCUGCAACAGUGAUGCUAACCCACCUGUGAAAAAGUACAUCUGGUACAAGGGAAAAUCCUCUAUAGGAACAGGAAAAACCUACACCGUCAGUACUAUCAGCUCUGCGGCCAGUGGGGAUUACACGUGCCAGACUGAAAAUAAACACGGGCAUCAGUCCUCUACUGCUGUGUCUCUGAAUGUCCUGUAUCCUCCAAAGAAUGUCUUAGUGUCCAUCAGCCCCUCUGGUGAGAUAGUGGAGGGCAGUUCGGUGACUCUGACCUGCAGCAGUGAUGCUAACCCACCUGUGGAGCUCUACACCUGGUAUAAGGAAAAAUCCUCUAUAGGAACAGGGAAAAACUUCACCAUCAAUACUAUCAGCUCUGCGGCCAGUGGGGAUUACAUGUGCCAUGCUGAAAAUAAACACGGACAUCAGUCCUCUACUGCUGUGUCUCUGAAUGUCCUGUAUCCUCCAAAAAGAGUCUCAGUGUCCAUCAGUCCCUCUGGUGAGAUAGUGGAGGGCAGAACAGUGACUCUGACCUGCAGCAGUGAUGCUAACCCACCUGCAGAGUAUACCUGGUUUAAAGGAACAGUACUUAAAGGCAAAGGAAAAUCCCACACAAUUGAAAAGAUCAGGUCUGAGGACAAUGGAGAGUAUAAGUGCAAAUCCCGCAAUCGAUAUGCACAGAAAUACUCAAAGAAAAUCACAAUAAAUGUUUUGAGUUCUCUUAAAAAUGUCUCAGUGUUCAUCAGUCCCUCUGGUGAGAUAGUGGAGGGCAGUUCGGUGACUCUGACCUGCAGCAGUGAUGCUAACCCACCUGUGGAGCUCUACACCUGGUAUAAGGGAAAAUCCUCUAUAGGAACAGGAAAAACCUACACCAUUACUAGUGUCAGCUCUGUGGACAGUGGAGAUUACAGGUGCCAGGCUGAAAAUAAAUAUAGACAUCAGUCCUCUACUGCUGUGUCUCUUAAUGUCCUGUAUCCUCCUAAAAGAGUCUCAGUGUCCAUCAGUCCCUCUGGUGAGAUAGUGGAGGGCAGUACAGUGACUCUGACCUGCAGCAGUGAUGCUAACCCACCUGCAGAGUAUACCUGGUUUAAAGGAACAGUACUUAAAGGCAAAGGAAAAUCCCACACAAUUGAAAAGAUCAGGUCUGAGGAGAGUGGAGAGUACAAGUGCAAGGCCAGCAACCGAUACGGAGAGAGAUACUCUGAUAAAGUCAACGUAAAUGUUUUGUAUCCUCCUAAGAAUGUCUCAGUGUCCAUCAGUCCCUCUGGUGAGAUAGUGGAGGGCAGUUCGGUGACUCUGACCUGCAGCAGUGAUGCUAACCCACCUGUGGAGCUCUACACCUGGUAUAAGGUGAAUGAAAGCUCACCUGUAGGAUCUGGACAGAGUUACAGCUUCACGUUGAGCUCCAACAGCAGUGGAUGGUUUUACUGUGUGGCUCAGAAUAAAUACGGGACUCAGAGAGCUGCUGCGGUUCCUCUUAUUUUAAAUGUCCUGUAUCCUCCUAAAAGUGUCUCAGUGUCCAUCAGUCCCUCUGGUGAAAUAGUGGAGGACAGUACUGUGAUUCUGAUCUGCAACAGUGAUGCUAACCCACCUGUGCGGACUUACACUUGGUAUAAGCAAAGAUCUUAUAUAGGAAUAGGACAUAUCUACACCAUCAGUACUAUCAAAUCUGCAGACAGUGGAGAUUACACGUGCCAGGCUGAAAAUGAAUACGGACGUCAAUACUCAACUGCUGUGUCUCUAAAUGUCCUGUAUCCUCCUAAAAAAAUCUCUGUGUCUGUCAGUCCCUCUGGUGAGAUAGUGGAAGGCAGUACAGUGACUCUGACCUGCAGCAGUGAUUCUAACCUACCUGGGCAGAUCUACACCUGGUAUAAGGGUUCAUCCUUUGUAAGCAUGGGAAAAUCUUAUGUCAUUAACAGGAUCAGUCAUGAAGACAGCGGAGAAUACAAGUGCAAGUUUGAACAUCUAUAUGGAGAACAAUACUCUGAUGGAGUGACACUAAAUAUUGUAGAACUUUCCAAGAAACUCUCAGUGUCCAUCAUUCCCCCUGGUAAGAUAGUGGAGGGUACUACAGUGACUCUGACCUGCAGCAGUGAUUCUAACCCACCUGGGCAGAUCUACACCUGGUAUAAGGGUUCAUCCUUUGUAAGCAUGGGAAAAUCUUAUGUCAUUAACAGGAUCAGUCAUGAAGACAGCGGAGAAUACAAGUGCAAGUUUGAACAUCUAUAUGGAGAACAAUACUCUGAUGGAGUGACACUAAAUAUUGUAGAACUUUCCAAGAAACUCUCAGUGUCCAUCAGUCCCCCUGGUAAGAUAGUGGAGGGUAGUACAGUGACUCUGAACUGCAGCAGUGAGGCUAACCCACCUGGGCAGAUCUACACCUGGUAUAAGGGUUCAUCUUUUAUAAGCAUGGGACAGUCUUAUGUCAUUAACAGGAUCAGUCAUCAAGACAGCGGAGAAUACAAGUGCAAGUUUGAACAUCUAUAUGGAGAACAAUACUCUGAUGGAGUGACACUAAAUAUUGUGGCACCUCCUAAGAGAGUCUCAGUCUCCAUCAGUCCAUCUGGUGAGAUAAUGGAGGGCAGUACAGUGACUUUGACCUGCAGCAGUGAUGCUAACCCACCUGUAGAAAUUACCUGGUUUAAAGGAACAUCACAUAUAGCAACAACAGAAACCUACAUUAUUCCCAAGAUCCGCUCUGAGGACAGUGGAGAUUACAGGUGCAAUUCCAGCAACCAAUACGGAUGGAAAUACUCUAAAAAAGUAAUUGUAAAAGUUAUGUAUCCUCCCAAGAGAGUCUCAGUGUCCAUCAGUCCAUCUGGUAAGAUAACAGAGGGCACUACAGUGACUCUGACAUGCAGAAGUGAUGCUAACCCACCUGUAAAGACCUACACCUGGUAUAAGGAAAAAUCAUCUAUAGGAACAGGAAAAACCUACACCAUUAGCAAGAUCAGGUCAGAGGACAGCGGAGAUUACAGGUGCAAGUCCAGCAAUAAAUAUGGAGCAAAAUACUCAAAUGUUACUCUAAAUGUUCUGCAUCUAAUUAAAACUGUCUCAGUGUCUAUCAGUCCCUCCAGUGAGAUAUUAGAGAGCAGUUCAGUGACUCCGACACUCAGCAAUGAUGGCGAACCACCUGUGAACACCGACACUUCCAUUUCCCUGAGUUUGGGUGCAGUUAUUCCUGUCUGUGGAGUCUGUGUAGUCGGAGCUAUUAUAGCUAGAAUUCUUUGUGUGAGCACGAGAAAAAGGAGGAAGAGAAAUGCAGUUAAACGGCAGCAGGAUGCUGGCCUGCAUGCUGAAGAAAGCUCAUACACUGUCCUCCAACCCAUGACCAGGUCAUCUAAUGAUGUGUACUCCACACUUGCAGUUCAUCCCCGGCCUCCUGAUAACACGUAUGCAGCUCUGAAUCCUCGGUCUAUCACUUCUGAUUAUGACACACUAAAAGUUUUGAAAAAGCAUCACUGACAUAAUCUGCACCAUAGAGAGAGAGAGAGAGAGGAAAACUUCCACAUUUGCAAUGGUUCAAGAAUGAAAUUUUAAAAUGAUUUAAUGUGCCUGGCUGCAUGUGGUUCAUUUGUGUAAUAAGUGAAUGUUGUCAAGUCUUUUGCAUAACACAGUAUCAUAUACUUAGUUUUUCUAUAUGUGCCAUAUUUUUAAAUUGCCUUAAGGAACUGUGGGAUUUUAUUUCCUUCCAAGUCGCACAACUUAAUAGCGCUUUUUCUUCCAUCUGGAGAUUGAGUUUGAAUCCCGAUGUCUGAAAGACCACAAAAGUAAUUAGAGAUUGAAUCUCUCUCUCUUUCUCUCUUCCGCUCUCAUGCAUGCAGAGAGAAAGAAAGAGAGAGAUUCAUACAAAGGGCAAAUGAAAGAGAGAGAAAGACAGAAAACACCUUCGUCUUUAUUAAAUAAAGUGUUACCGACUUAACAUCCUGAACUCUUUUGUUCUAUUUAUUUUUUAAUUACAUAAAUCAUCUUUAUUGCAGCCAUACUGUAUUUAGUUGUUUUGCAUUUAUUCCGCCUUCUUUUGUUUAUGUUAAACGGAUUUGUUUUAGUUUCCGUCCAUCAUGACACUUUGUCUAACUGUCCUAAUGUAUUCACCUGUUCGGUGUCAUGCUGAUUAGUUUGCUUAUUUCUGCCCUGACUUUGUUGUCGCAUUAUAUUUGUGUUUGAUUCUGAAUCUACUUUCUGUCUU